AUGCCAGCCGGAGUAGGAGUUUCACACCAAGGAUCACCGCCGAGUCAGUUAGGAAACACGAGCUUUGGAGGAAGCCAGAGUCAAUUGAACGCCAGCUCCGGGAAUUUAGAGAACUCGCAAAUGCAAGCGAUGCAAUUGCACCAGCAAAUGUUCCAACGUGCCUUCUUGCAAUCGGCACUUUCUCAGAAUCUCCAGAUUCAACAACAACUGAUGGCACAAAAUCAAGCCCUUGCCCAGUUAUUGUCGGUGUCAUUCCAAGAGACCGAGUCCGUAAACGAGACUUGGACUUCCGAGAAGGGGCGCCGAGAGAGUCGGUUGUCGCCCGGGCAAAGCAGGUCCGGCAGCGUGUCGGCCCAAGGACAACCCUUGCGAUCGCAUUCGUCAAACUCCAAGUUUCCGUCUCCUCCGACCAAGGAAGAGCUCGGGGAUAAGCCUAAGUAUGCAUUCGAACAGGACUCUCCAAGCCCGAGUGCGAGUGAGCCCACGAGGCGAAAGAGUUCUGCGGAGGAUGCUUCGCUCGGGAAGCCGUCGCCGUCCAGGCCCAACCAAGCUCCACCACCACCACCCCCGCCGCCACCUCCUCCUCCACCUCCGCCACCGAUGCCCUCUGGCCCAGACGGCCACCCCGGAGAAGGCGGCGAGCAAAGUUUCCAAGAUAUGUUUGGCCGCGCGAAGACUGUGCGAAUCGGCAAAUGGCGUUGGCCCCCACCGCGAACGGAAAUCGAUGAUGGCGGAGAUUCUUUUCUGCAAUUCAAGCUCCGUCAGCAGCAGACGAGACGUUUUGGCGUAAACGGUAGUCCUCCCAGUGGUGAAGGCGAUAAUUCUGCUGAAGGCAUCGAAUGGGACGAGUAUGAGUUUGACGAAGAAUAUAUGGAAGAGUAUGGUCAACCGGGCGAAGCUUCUGGUCCGAACCAUCGAGGCGAAAACGGCGGACAAGAAUCUUCUGCUGAGAUGGUCAAGUCGUCCUUCCAUCAGGCAGUUGUUAGAACUCCUUCCGGUAACGUUGGAAAACUGCAAAUCAGCAACGAGAUGAAACAAAGGCUCGAGGAAAUCACGGGUAGUCACACCGUCACGAACAAUAACACGAGGGCUUCCGUUCGCACGGAGGUGGAAACCAAGGACCGCGUGGUGCGCAAGAUCGAGGACAAGAGGAAGAUGCUUUUGCAGCAGCAGCUCGGCGGAAUGCAUCGUGGACUUCCCUCAAAUGUUAUGAACCGACUUGAUGGUCAGAAUAUCCCACCACCUCCAGUUGGACCAUUGCAUGUUGAUAUAUCGCCUCCGAUGCGAGGCCCACCGUAUUCUGCAAAUGUCCCAUCGACUGUUCUGCCCGCUGGUCAGUCGCCGAGACGCACGUCUGGUGGUUUAAUCCAACCAGUCUCAAGCAGCAGCAGGAAGAAUUCAUCCUCGAGCCUGGCCCACAAUUCGAGUGAUAAAGUGGAAUUUGAAGAAUCGAACUCGGAGUUCUUGAAGUCAAUUGAUCCAAAGCAUGCCAAUGCAUUGGAUGACGACUUCACUGCUCGUACCUUGGAGCGAAUCAAAACGAAGUUGUAUCCUCCUUCUCAAGCACCUUAUUUGACGUACACUCGUGUACCAUGGAAAAUUCACAUUCGUAAAGAGGUGUUUUCGCCGCGUGAGCACUCGUUGCAAAAUCCCCUGGCGUUGCACUUGAUUUUCUGUCAAGUCGUCAGGGAUGCGUUGCUGUCGUCACCUGGCACAGUGCGCUUGUCUCCUUCGGAACGUCGACGACUGCGACUCAUGCUCGACAAUUACGGCAUAACCAUGGCGAAUAUUCACGCGCCGCAGUUCAAAGCCACGCUCAAGCGCAACGUUGUGCACACCGCUAAGGAGUUCCCGUGUUAUUUCGCCCGACUUUUUCCAGUGACUAGUGGCCGGCAGUUCAAUGAUGUGCAAAUGUUGGCCGUAUCGCACUCCGGUGUUCGGCUCGUGCGACGUGACGUGACUCAGCAGCAGGAGUACUUGCAUGUGAUCGAGAACUUCGGCUGGGACGACCUGGAGGAUGCGGUUGCAGUGCGGUCGAGUUUGCUUCAACUCGUGCUUCGCUCGGGCCACCGAAUCCCACUCUACACACAUCGAGCUUCGCAAAUCUCUGCGAUGGUUCGCGCCUACGCCCGUGAAGCUGACAAGCUUAGAUUUCUGGGGAUGUGUUACGGCGCUUUGUUCGGACAAUGGGCCAUGCGAGUGAAGGGUCCUCCAGGCUUUCGAGACCACGACAGGCUCGAUUUUGUGUCAGGAGAUCUGGGCAGAUGUUGA